AUGUCAUUAGUUUUUACUCUUUAGUCAAUUACUAUGACCGAUAAUACAAAUUUAUGGGGUUAGUAAGACUAGGAUCAGUGCAUCAUCGUCAUUAUUUACAUCAUCCAUUACAUCAAUUGUAUUCAAAGGACAAAAGAAAUCCAUCAAAAUCACCUCUUGGUUUUCUCAAAUUUGGGUUUCCACCAUCUUCUCCUGAUGCACCCAAAUUGGGAGUAACAUUGAAUUCGAAAUCAACCGAAAUAACAACGUUGUCAACCAAAACAAUGGUGAAAGCAAUCAGGGUACAUGAAUUUGGCGGCCCAGAGGUUCUUAAAUGGGAGGAUGUAGAAGUGGGGGUGCCAAAGGAGGGCGAGAUUCGUAUAAGAAACAAAGCUAUUGGACUGAAUUUUAUCGAUAUAUACUUUCGUAAAGGAGUCUACAAGAGUUCAAUUAUGCCUUAUAUUCCAGGAAUGGAAGCAGUAGGAGAGGUAGUAGCUGUAGGUCCUGGACUAACUGGUAGACAAGUGGGAGAUAUUGUUGCUUAUGCUGGUAGUCCAAUGGGUGCAUAUGCAGAAGAGCAGAUCCUUCCUGCUGACAGAGUUGUUCCUGUCCCAUCUUCCAUUGAUCCUAUUACUGCAGCAUCUGUUAUGCUCAAGGGAUUGACAGCUCAUUAUUUAGUUCGUCGGAGCUUCAAGAUUGAAGCUGGUCAUACUGUUCUUGUUCAUGCUGCUGCGGGAGGAGUAGGUUCUCUUUUAUGCCAAUGGGCAAACGCCCUCGGAGCGACUGUCAUUGGUACAGUCUCAACAAAAGAGAAAGCCAUUCAAGCUAAAGAGGAUGGAUGCCACCAUGUAAUAAUCUACAAGGAAGAAGAUUUCGUGUCUCGGGUUAAGAGUAUUACAGCUGGCCAAGGAGUGGAAGUUGUGUACGAUUCUGUUGGGAAAGACACCUUCCAGGGAUCACUUGACUGCUUAAAACUUCGAGGAUAUAUGGUUCUGUUUGGUCAGUCAUCAGGUGCACCCGAUCCUGUUCCAGUGUCAGCAAUAGCAUCAAAGUCUCUUUUCCUGACAAGACCGACCCUAAUGCAUUACACUGUUACGCGUGAUGAACUUCUAGAAGCCGCAGGAGAGUUAUUUGAAAAUGUUGCUUUAGGUGUUCUACGAGUCCAUGUCAAUCAUAAGUUUUUGUUGUCACAAGCCGCAGAGGCUCAAAUAGCGCUUGAGAACCGACAAACAACUGGAUCGAUUGUGCUGAUACCAGACGCUUCACUAUGACGUUCUAAAUCUAUGGAACAACAUUACAUGUAUAUCGUUUUUCAAUAAGUGACAUAAUCAACAGAAUUUCAAUAAGUUGGAAAGAUGUUGUGUACUAAAGAUCUGUUGUCUAUGAGGUUUCAAGACUGAGUCUCAUGUGUUCUUAUAUUAUACACUAGCAUUUAUGCUAGGGUUAGGGCUGGUUUUAAGGAAUGUUAUAAGUGUGAAGCUUGAACCAUAAAAAAUAAAAAAAAUUGUCCUGAAUAAUCCUACCUAUUGUUUAUUUGCCGUGAAUAAUCUAUACUAUUGAUUAUUUCUAAAUAA